AUGCAAGACACAGACCCCAUUAACAAGGUUUGGAACUUCCAAGUUCCUAAAUUGUGGCAAGAAUCUGACGUCGUUAGACAAAGUAUAUUUUCGCUUAGUGCGAUGCAUUUAUGGGCCUUAUGUGAUUUAACCACGUUAAUGCAAGAUGAUAUUAUGGACGAUAAAUCCAAAAAGGUCACAUUUUCUAAUAAUAUCAAUUGUAACGAAUUAUUACAACACCCCAAUACUUCGAGAGCUUAUUUAUUUGACAAGACAAGCGAAUAUUUCACUAAUUGCUUGCAAAGAACCAAUUGCAUGAUGGAUGCAAUUAUAAGUCAAAAUUAUAGAAUAUCUACUGUCUUUCAAGCUGCAGAAAUUGUUAUAUCAGCUAUAUUGUUAUUUUCUUUUUUGGCGUUGCAACCGCAUGGGCUUAUUCCAUUGCUUUCGUAUGACUCGGAAACUCCCGAUAUUUUAUCUAUGUGUAAAGGGAUGAAAACAUCUAUGUCCUAUGCGUUUCCAUUGUUAUAUGAUUCACCUUAUCGUGGAUUAUUUCACUUGAAUGAAAUUAUGCAUCCUCCUAAUAUAACUGAAAAAGAUCGGUAUCCGUUAAUUGAAUACUUGAGGGAUGAGCUCGAAGAUACUACCCAACUGGAUAAAUUUCAAGAUGCUCAUUACCAAAUUUUCAAGGCUGCAAUUGAUAUGCUUGAAAUUGAUUUCUACAGAACGAUUGAAACGAAUUGUCCACUACCUAUUUAUAGAUGGAUCUUCUUGAUCGAUAUCAAAAUGUACGAUAUCAUAAAACUUGAUAAAAAUAGUUUUGGAUUGAAGUUGUUAUAUAUUUAUGCUUGUUUAUGUGUGAUGUGCCAAUUUAGGAUCGACAAAAAAAUAAAUAUUUGGCUUGAAUAUCUAGAUUGGUACAAGGAUUACAAUCACCAAAUUUUUGGUAAAUGGAAAGAUUCUUGA